CAGCGUAUCUGCGAAUUAACUUAUCAUCACAUUGGUCUGAAAACUCCCGAGGUAGCAAUUCUGCCUUCAUUCGAAGCUCUGUUCUGCUGUUACGGUGUUGAAACUAGUCUUGUAUUUGAGACCGGCAGACAGGGUUUUCAACUGUAGACAAAGAAUCUGAUCUGACAAUGUCAGGUUCUAGCAAAAAUCAUCAUCGUCAAGUCUGUUGCCCUCAGCAUCCAGAUGCUCCUUUGAUUGAAGAUUACAGGGCAGGGGAUAUGGUGUGUCCUGAAUGUGGCUUAGUAGUUGGUGACAGAGUGGUGGAUGUAGGGUCGGAGUGGCGUACUUUCAGCAAUGAUAAAGACUCCAAGGAUAUGUCUCGUGUUGGAGAUGCAGAAAACUCACUACUUUCUGGAAGUGACUUGUCAACAAUAAUUGAGCGACCUUCUGGUCCUGGUGGAGAUGAUUCAGGUUUUGCCAAGUUUUCCAACCGAAAAUCAAUGAAUAGUGCAGACAGAGUAUUAAUCGGUGCUUUUAGAGAAAUAGCAACAAUGGCUGACAGAAUAAAUCUUCCUAAAAACAUUGUGGAUCGUUCAAAUAAACUUUUCAAGCAAGUUUAUGAAUCAAAAAGCUUAAAAGGUCGAGCGAAUGAUGCCAUUUCAGCUGCAUGUUUGUAUAUUGCCUGCAGACAAGAAGGUGUUCCAAGAACAUUCAAAGAAAUAUGUGCAAUAUCGAGAAUCUCAAAAAAAGAAAUUGGAAGAUGUUUCAAAUUAAUUGUGAAAAAUUUGGAAACAAGUGUUGAUGUUAUUACUUCUGGAGAUUUUAUGUCGCGCUUCUGCUCGAACUUGGAUUUGCCCAAUUCAGUACAAAAAGCUGCUACAUAUAUUGCCAGAAAAGCAGUUGAUAUUGAUCUUGUUGCUGGAAAAAGUCCGAUUUCAGUUGCAGCUGCUGCAAUUUAUAUGGCUUCACAGGCAUCUGCAGAGAGAAAAUCUCAAAAAGAAAUUAGUGAAAUAGCUGGUGUGGCAGAAGUCACAAUACGACAAUCUUACAAGUUGAUGCAUCCAAAGGCAGCGCAACUUUUUCCACCAGAUUUUAAAUUUUAUAUACCUGUCGAAGAGUUGCCGACAUUCUGAGAUACUCCACACCAACCCAUUUAAUUUAUUUUUAACAUUUAUUCAACCAGAGGAACUCUGAAAACUUUCAGUCUUCAACCGCAAAAUAUGGUAGUUCGUUUCACUGCAUAUUAUCAUUUUUAGGAGAUGCAGGCAUUUUGUGAGGAAUGAUUACAUAUCUCGUUUCUUGUCCUGGUAUGGUAUUCCAUUAGUCUUUGUCCGCUAUUCACAGUAUGUAGUCUUAGUGGUUUAUUUUUUGAGUUUUUAUUUUAUCUUGAUCAUAUUCGAAAUAGGAAUCACUAAUGUUGUACAGUGUGCAGUAGUGGUCUUAAUCUGUAGAUAAUAACAAAAUCUCAUUCAGCACUACAUUGGAUAGUACCAACUACCAAUGUUUUUUUUUUAAUUGACCACCAGCCAGCAUGUCGAAAUAUUCAUUUUGUAGUUACUGUGUUGUUCUAUUAUUCAGUAAUUAGUACUUUUAUUUUUUCAUCAUACUGAAAAUACACAUUAUGUGAACAAUGUAA